CAUGUUCCCUUCGCCUCCAUAAUCCUACCUUUGUUUCCUGCGUUAAGACCUCGGGACACGACAUGAAUGCUUCGACGUUCUCCUGCCUUAGGUUUGAUUUGACAAAUUCUCUAAGUCCGGCCCAAUCCCCUCGGCAUAUUUGUGUUGUCAUCGUGGAAGUGGCCUUUGGGAUAAUAUUGCAUUAUAUACUAUGAUGUGCAGGAUUGCUUUUGGAUCUUAUAGAGUUAUAUGCCCCUAUUACCCUGUACCCCUAUCUUUCCCUAUCUGCCUUUAUAUUCCCUCAUCUUCAUCCUACGAACAUGAUACAAGUUUGCUGCGAUAUGUAUUAACCAAAUAUCCACGUCUAUAUUUGAUCGUGUUACCCCAUUCUCCAUCUAGUCCGCUAGCUUUAAGUACCUGCAUAUUCUCUAGAUUUUCCACAUACUAUCCCUACACUAUGCUCAAUUCUUGCAAGUCUUGCAUGAUGUGGUGUUACGUGCGUGAUAGCCAUAGCCGCUGGCUAGCUAUUAUAUCUCGAGAUCCCUUGCUUCGAGGGCUGCUGGUCAUCAGAGGUCUAGUGUAUUAGGGUAGCAAACUUUUGCCAAAAAAAUGCCUAGGGAAAAAUGGAUUUCGGUGAAGGGCUUGUCCGUCAUAUUUAUGGCAUGGCGGCACUGAAGCUGCGAGGUUGCUCAUCGGUUAUGGUUUCUUCAUAUCGAAAGAGAUAGAAGAAAACUCCCAGAAUAGAAGAAAAGCGUCGCGAACUCGGCAAUGGACUCUUAUUGUUACGUCCCCUUCGGUAUCGAGCCCGAGUGCAAUCAAUUUCGGAUCCUUACUUUAUUACCCGGUUCGAGAGAGCAGCCGCUGGAAUGCGUCCUGGAGCACGGAGAUAUAGGCAACUCGCCUCCCUACGAAGCUAUCUCGUAUGUUUGGGGUGAUACCCGUAACAAAGUCAACAUCAGAUGCAACGACAAGCCAUUAGCGAUAAGCGUCAAUCUCGAUGGCGUUUUGCGUCAUUUCCGUUCCCCUUCUGACAAGAGAACGCUAUGGGUAGAUGCCGUGUGCAUUAACCAGGACGACGACGAAGAGCGGGGAAGACAGGUUAGUCGUAUGAAGGACAUCUAUUCGAAAGCUAGAGAGGUUCUCAUAUGGCUCGGUGAAGAAGGAGAAAACAGCGAUGCGGGCAUUACUGUAGCCUCAGAUAUCGCCCAAGCUUGCCGUCGAUACAUCUCUGACGGCGGUUCGCUUGAUGCAAUAAGCUUCAAUGAGGAGCCCGUGGAAAGGCUCUUCGGGAAAUUCAAAGAUAGAUCUGAGUUUCCGCGACUAGAAGCGUUUGCCAAAAUCAUCAAAAGAUUGUGGUUUACUCGAGUCUGGGUCGUCCAGGAGCUCGCAUUGGCGACAAAGGCGACCGUAUUCUGUGGUAAUUUAUCUAUCAGCUGGACUGAUCUUAUGAAUGCCAUCACAGCUCAGGAUUAUCUCAACCUAUGGCUCGCCGACCAUGAAAAAAAUGCCUACGUAUUUAUCCUUGAAAGAGCUCGCAAAGAAUGGAAUGAUGGUGUGAGACGUAGUCUUCUCAGCGUUUUGUUCCGAUACCGAAUACUUGACGCUACGGAUCCUCGAGACAAGAUUUUCGGGUUGAAUGCGCUGAUCAAGAAUGAGCUCUCGGGGGGCCAGGCUCUACAGCCAAACUAUACUGUCGACACCACGGAAUUGUACAUUGCCGUAGCAAAGGAGAUCUUGAAACAAUCCUCAGAUCUCAACUUGCUAUCUGUUCCCCGACGGCUUGUAGGUACCGGUCCCAGGAAUCUGCCAUCGUGGGUUCCUGACUGGACGAACACUCGACUUACCGCUCCGCUGGGUCUAGCAAACUAUUCCGACAUCAACGAACUUGCUUUUUCCGCUAGCGGAUCUUCAGCGCCCCAAGUCGAGUUUGGUGGCGUCGACUCAAGUUCCCUCGGCGUUCAAGGCUGCUGCGUAGACCGCAUUGCUGCCGUCGGUACAGUCCUGAGAUUGGAACAUCUUCCACGGACUGACUACCACGGAACUCGUAUUCCAAAGUGCGCCUUCGUUCUCGACGAUUGGUCUCGUGUGGCUAAGUUGCGUGGCCCAAAUUCUUAUUUCACCGGUCCAGAGCCAUAUCUUACCGGUGAGCCGAUGCGUGAUGCAUUCGUCCAGACGCUAGUGACCGAAUCGACGAAUGAAAACAUCGGAACACUACGCCAACAGCUAGAUAUCUUGGGGAGAAACGCCGCGAUCGCUAGGUGGCUUAACUUCCUACCCAAGCGUCUCCCGGACUGGUUGACAGACAAAGCUGUCUACCUGGCCCAUGCCAUACUCUUCUACCGUCGAAAUGACCAGAUGACAUUGGACUUCAGGAUACACCUUUCAUCCUUAGCGGAUCGCCGAGGGUUCAGGACCGAUAAGGGAUAUAUCGGCCUAGGAUCUGCUCUGGCGGAAGCCGGUGACCAAAUCGUGGUAGUAAAGGGGGCAAAGGUGCCUCUAAUAUUGAGAGCAGCGGGGUCGCAAUGGACGUUGCAAGGCGACUGCUUCGUGAAAGGGAUCAUGAAAGGUGAGGCCUAUCGCGAAAAUGAAACUUCCCGGAUGUGGAUUGUUUAAAGCGUUUGACUAUAUGCGACCCGGCACAUUGGAACGGCACAACCAAUUGAAUCUAGCUACCCAACAGGUAGCUGGAUCUUUGGAUUUCCCGUGGCAAAUUCUGGAAAAACUUGACAAUUAUCUGUCUGUCUGUUCAUAUAUAUUGGUUAGAAAGGGCUAUCGCUAGCAUGUAAAAUCUCAUUAUUUAGGUACCUACUCUCUUAAGACAUUUUGGUUACUUUUUGGAGAAAAC